AACAUCACUCAUUCAGUUUGUGGCUGUACGUUAAAUCCUCGAGAGAGAGAGAGAAAUUAAAGGUUUUUAAUCUUUAAUACAAUGUCAAAAAAAGCAUCAGGCAUAUUGCUUGAUCUGGAAUCACAAGAAAGCUGUGGCUCUCCUUCAUUUAUGUCACAUACCCCUUCCAAGGAUCCACAACCAACCUCCGGCGAUGACGACGGCGGAGAUGUUGGGAGGAUUCCGUUAGAAGAAUGGUUACCGAUCACAGAAUCAAGAAAAGGAAAUGUUUUCACGGCAACGUUUCAUCUUCUCUGUUCGGGACUUGGUUUCCAAGUGCUUCUUCUUCCUGCAGCUUUCGCAGCACUCGGAUGGGUAUGGGGAAUAAUAAUAUUAACGGUGGCAUUUGCAUGGAAGCUCUACACGACAUGGCUUCUUGUUCAUCUACACGAAGCCGUACAUGGAACACGUUUGAGCAGAUACUUGAGACUCGCAAUUGCUUCAUUCGGUGUAAAGCUUGGGAAACUUCUCGGAAUAUUUCCUGUGAUGUAUCUCUCAGGAGGAGCUUGUUCGAUUCUGGUUAUAACCGGAGGAAAAACAAUAAAACAACUUGUACACAUUCUGUCUGAAGAUGACACAGUGCCACUUACUACCUUGCAAUGUUUCGUGAUCUUCAGCUGCCUCGCGGUGGUCUUGUCCCAGUUUCCGAACCUGAAUUCUCUUUUUGGACUCUCGUUGAUCGGUGGUGUUAUGGCCGUAGCAUAUUCCACCGCAAUAUGGAGUUUACCUCUAACUAGGGUUCUGCAAAGGAAUCAUCAAAACAAUGUCUCUUACACUAUAAAAGAUACAAGUUUCGAUAACAUUUUCAACGCCAUUGGAUUGAUAGCCAUUUCAUUACGCGGGAACAACCUAAUCCUAGAGAUACAGGGUACUCUUCCUUCCGAUUCAAAGAAUCCUUCCAGCAAGACGAUGUGGAGAGCUGUGGUGAUCUCUCAUGUGAUCAUUGCGGUUUGUAUGUUUCUAGUAUCCAUUGUUGUCUAUUGGGCAUACGGUGACAAGAUUCCGGCUACUGGAGGUCCAAUAGGAAACUACUUGAAACUUUACGAACAAGACUACUCAAAGCGAGCCUCUUGUUUUAUACACAUCACGUUCAUCAUCAAUUGCUUAUGCUCAUAUCCGAUAAACUUAAUGCCGGCUUGUGACAACGCAGAGAUGGUGUACGUGACCAAGAGACAAAAGCCUUGCUCCGUCUUUGCCCGGAUGAUGUUACGUGUGUCCUUGGGUUUGGUUUGUUUCUUUAUAGCCGUUGGAUUCUCGUUCUUGCCUUAUCUCGCGGUUCUUAUCGGAGCAGUAGCAUUGCUUGUUACUUUUACGUACCCGUGUUUCAUGUGGAUCUCAAUCAAACAGCCCGAAACGAAAAGCUUGAUGUGGUUGAUCAACGUUUUUGUGGGAAGCUUAGGCGCGUCUCUAAGCGUUUUGCUUGUGGUUACGUCGGCAUUAUUUUUGGCUGAAAAGGGUUUACAUGCAAACUUCUUCAGACCCUAAAGCAUUCUUUGUUAAUGUUAGCAUGUAAAUAUGAAUUUCUUUCACAAGAAGUUCAAAUUGGGAACUUUAUUCGUAAUGACCACAUGAGACAUGAAAUUCAAAAAAACGAUAGUGCACUGAAUCUCCACCAAAAUCCUUGGAUUCAUUAGAUGAUUUGGCAUUCAUUCGGAAUAUAGGAGAACCGCUUAGCAUAAUGUAUUGAGGAUUGAACCAACUCAUUUACUUAAACACACACAAAAUCAUUUAUUUUAUGGAUGAUGUCUAUCUCUAUGAAUAUUUUGAUAGAAAUUUUCCCCAAAUUAUAACUCUUAAUAACAACUGAUUUAUUCGUUCUUUAAAAUAUCAAAUUGAAGAUAGAGACAUUGAUGAUGUUCAGUGUGUUAUCUUCUUGCUCUUAAAUGAAUCGAAAGCUAUGAAAAGGUUGAAUCUAAGCCGAAGAAGAGCUAAACCAAAAAAAAUACUUCGAGAAAACUCAAUCCAUUUGUGAUUGUCAGUUACGUGGUACGUGUGACUUGUAACUUUUUUUUUUUGUUGCUAAAUAUCCACUUGUAACUCUUUUGUAGUUUUUUUUAAAUAUAAUAACUCUUUUUUAGUUGCUAAAUAUGCAUUUGUAACUUGCUUUUAUUUUAUUUUAUUUUCCUUUGUGUUAAUCUUGAUUUGUACACUUGUGUUGACAUUUGUUUUUAUUUUAAAAAAAUUGAAAGGAUGACAUGAGAUUUUUUUUUUUUUUAAACACUGUAUUCACUACACGGAUGAGAUACAUGGAUGAGAUACAAAGCCAUCAGCACACAUCAGUGUCUCUGGAAACAAAGCUGGACAAACCAAAGGUUUUCCAGAAACUAAAGCCCUAACAAGGGAAACGACAAGAACAACGACAAGAAACAACACCUAACCAAACUAGAAGAAGUGAGUAAACAGAUCAAAAUAAACCUUCACCAAAAGUGAACAAUAAAACAUGAUGAUUAACAUAGCUUCUUUGAACAAGGCAAA